AUGAAGAAUAUCGUCAUUCUUGGUGGCAGCUAUGCAGGAGUGAGCACAGCACAUCGGAUACUGAAGAACGCUGCCAAAGUUGGAUCUCUCAAGAUUACUCUUGUGUCCCCAAAUACCCAUUUCUAUUGGAACUUUGCGUCGCCUCGUGGUAUGCUACCAGGCCAAUUCACCGACGAGGAGCUAUUCCUACCGAUCGCCACUGGCUUUGGCAAAUACUCUGCUGAUGAGUUUGCGUUUAUCACUGGGUCAGCGGAGAGUUUUGAUGCCGAGGAAAAGACGGUAGUAGUUGUUGGCGAAAGUGGCAAGACCACGCUGGAGUAUGACAUGCUGAUCAUUGCGACGGGGACUAGUACGAAGGAGCGGUCGCCGCUUAAGGGAGUGGGAUCUACCAAAGAGACUAAGGAGCUUCUGCAUGAGUUUCAGGGAAAGAUAGAGCAAGCGAAAACAAUUGUCGUUGCUGGGGCUGGCGUAACUGGUGUAGAGGUUGCUGGCGAAUUGGGUUUUGAGUAUGGUCUACAGAAAAGAAUCAUUCUGGUAGCAGCUGAACCCACAGUCCUCCCAGAAUCGCCAACGAGCGUGUCGAAGCUCACUACUCAAGCCCUCCACAAUAUGCACGUAGAACUCAAACUCGAAACCAAGGUCAUCGGUUCAACUCAGAUGCCGAACGGUGGACAGGAACUCCAACUCUCAACUGGGAAAACGUUAACGACUGAUAUGUACAUCCCCACAUUCGGCCUCAUUCCUAACUCCUCGUUCAUACCUGCCCGCUUCCUGAACGCGCAUGGUUUCGCAGCAGUUGAUACGCACCUGCAACUUAAGGGCACAACAGAUGUAUGGGCUCUCGGAGACGUCUGCGACGUCGAGUACUGUCAGUACGUAUCUUGUGAUCGACAGUCUACUUACGUGGCUAAGAGCAUUGUUGCUAUUUUGGGUGGGAAAAUGACCGCUCCUUACAAGGCCAUGACAAGUCGUUUCAUGGGUCUUCAGAUUGGGAAGAAAGCUGGUACUGGGUUUUAUGGGAAUCUGAGAAUCCCUAGCUUUCUGGUUAUUUGGCUGAGGAAGACUUUAUUCAUUGAGAGGUUUGGACCUCUGGUUGAUGGAUCAUCGUUUUGA